AUGGAUAUCUUCUAUCAUCUUUCAUUUUCACUCGCUUCUCUACUCACACUCGUUAUCCUCGCCCACGCCGCCACCGCGCCGCCCAAUCCACCUCCUCCGCCGCCUCUCACGGCCGCCGCGAGUGAGUACUUGGAGGCACACAACGCGGCUCGAGCCGCAGUGGGUGUGGAGCCUCUGAGGUGGAGCGAGAAGCUGGGGAACGCCUCCAGUCUGAUGGUCCGUUACCAGCGGAACAAAAUGGGGUGCGAGUUCGCGAACCUGACCGGCAGCAACUACGGCGGUAACCAGCUAUGGGCGGGAGUGACAGCGGUGGCGCCGCGCGUGGCGGUUGAGGAGUGGGUGAAGGAGAAAGAGUUCUACGUGCGGGCGAACAACACGUGCGUGGGGAAGCACGAGUGCGGGGUUUACACACAGGUGGUGUGGAGGAAUUCGACGGAAGUGGGUUGCGCUGAAGCCGCGUGUGUGAAGGAGAAAUCAUGCUUGACCAUUUGUUUCUACGACCCUCCGGGAAACGUCAUUGGAGAGACUCCUUACUGA